ACAACAUACCCAUCGACAUUUUGCUUGACAUUCAGGCCAAUUUUCUCCAUGUCAACAUACACCGGCGCCCGACGUUCACCGUCAACGUUCUCCUCCCCCGCCUCGACCACCCUCUUUCGUCGGCUAACAUGGGAAGGAACUGUACCACUAGAGAUACGCGUUGACCCCAAGGAACUUCCAGCCAAUUCUAACCGCGGACUGGAAUGUUACUUCCUCCAAGCUCCGCGCGUCAGCUAUCUCCCCCUUCUCGUCCCGGAAAUCAAGCGUUUUCUGUGUGAUGUCGUCUUCGACGACGAGGCUGCGAGAACGAUAGGAUCGAAGGAGGAGGACUGGUGGUUUGAGAGCGAGGAAGGUGGACUGAUCAAGUGGCAUUGGCCCAUAGGUCUGAUCCACGACAAUCACACUAUCGCGUCCUCUCUACGCCCGACGCCCUCUACUUCCACAUCGUCGCCGUUUGGUGGUCCACAAACGACCCCGCUUCGGCUUACUCUUCAUCUGGCGUCGCCACCAACGGAUAAGCUCUUGAUCGCGCCGAGCGCAGAGGCAUGCAAGCAGGCGUUCAUGGGUCAGCUGAAGGAGGCUGAUUUCAUGCGCUGGGGUAGUACGAAGAGGAUGACGGGGUUGAGAAAGCAGGAGCAAGACGGGAUAUGGGAGGGUAUCAAAGACCACAACUUCGACGACUACUGGCGCGUCGCCUCUAAAGUGACACCAUCCACCCUCCCCACAUCCACCCGCCCUACCUCUCCCUCCGGAAAUCCACACUCCACCCUCAACCGUCUCGCCUCCGAACAAGGCAUAUCGUCAAAUUCUACCUCCAUGCACACACGUCCUCCGAGUGCCGAUCCUCAGGAUAGUAGCAGAGACAGAGAGAAGAACGAUUCAGCGUGGAGUGUGAGGAGUGUGCCGGUGAGGGUGUACUUGCCGGAGGGACCGGUGAUGCAGGAGUUGGUGCCUCCGUUAAUGGAGGAUGGCUCCCCGACAACGUUGUCUGAUUUCUUGAACCAGCACUUUCCGCUGCUAUUCCCUUCGCCGACUCCCCAAAGGCCACAAGUACGCAACCUGGGCUACACACUGAUCCAAGGGGUCCUUGCACCCUUCGAAGCCGAAAUGGCCUGGAUAGGCGCCUGCAUGGCCGGCGCUGACGGCUGGGUGAACAUUUGUGUGGGCUUGGUCCCUGCGAGCAGUGGAGGCGGCGGCGGCGGAGGUGCUACCCCAAGAAGACGAUAAGACCCGGGCGGGAUCUGUGGUAUGGAAGUUUAAUAAGUUACGGGCGGAUGGUGGUGCUUGAAUGGAAGGGUAAUACUUUCUUCGUUUGAUUGUGCUGGUGUCGCAGGAUAUACUUGGGCACAUUUGUCCUGUGGGAGGACUGAUACCAUGCAUUUGUGUCGAUUUAUAAGGAUUCUUUUUCUAUGGCUAGAUGUUUAUUGU